AUGAAUCGUUCACUGCUGCACGGAGGCCCUGUUCGCGGCAACACUGGCCCUCCUCGGGGUCAUCAGGACGCGAGGCCUUCACAAGACGCACAAAGCAACCUCGCCGUCCGACCUGCUGACAAUGCAGGUACCUUCAAGCUCAAGAAGAAUGCAGUCAAGAUCGUGAGCGCUGCGGGUCCAGCGCGCAGCGCGCCGUUUCCAGAGGCACCUCUACGAUCAGCAGCGACGCUGCCGACACCAGUUUCGUCGCCUACUCAUGUCCAGGUCAAGCCACAGCAAACAGCAACUAAGGAGUACGUGUGUACAUUGGAUCCUGAGGAUAACCUUGUGUUGGCGACUUUCAUCUCUUCGAACAUUGAGAUACCUCCACAAAACCUCGUCGCGAAUAGCUCUCUAGAUGAAAUUUUCGCCCAAUUGUCAGCUGCAACCCCUACUGUUCCCUCAAGACCUGCCGAGGAGCUCUGUCCCGUUGGUCCCGACAAGUCUAUGUUCUCAUUUGAGGACCGUUUGGAGACUGGCACCCUCUCAACAAAGGAUUCUGCCUCAACUUGCCCCCCGACUCAAGGCCAGGUGCAUCCACCCUCUUUACUACUGGACCCUGGGCGCCUCCAGGAUGUGCCAACUCACGCCUGGUCAACACCUGAGAUGCAGCAAGCUCCGUCCACCGCCAGUUGGCAAGGCGAGACUCAAGACGAGUGCGAGGGAGAGUAUCUCCGUAAGGCUGCGGCGUACUUCAGUGCGUUUCCCGUUCGUGUUGGCGACUGUGCACACAUCAUCAAGGCCGUGGCGACCAAGCUGCACAUCGCUUACACCCCCAACCUGACGAAGCUCCAACCAGAAGAGGUAGAGAAGCUGCGAGCACGCUACAUCUUUGCUGUGGUGAAAUACGUCAACAAGAAGGUCAAGCUUAACCCAGAGCCACUGACUGCAGACUUUGUCCAGAAGGUGCUGCUUCAUAGCAAUGGUGACUUUUUGCAACUGUGUGCCGCUCUGGUGAAGAGCAAAUACAUUGCGCUUGACAAUCUGAAGCAAGUCACGGGGCUAUGCCAAAAUGUCCUCGACGUGCUGCCGAAAGCAGACGACAGUCCAACUGCAGGGCGAUCAGAGGCCUCUAAGGUUGAUGCAAAGACCGACGUGGCUCCACCACCGACUCCUGCCGUUAACACGUUAAAAGUGGCGGCAGCCGAUCUUUUCGAAGGUAUGAAAGCUUGGCCGACCCAGGAGAAGCGCGAACAUGGUACCAUCUAUCGAGCUUGUGUUCUAAAGGGCGUUGGUGGGGUCAAGUCACUGACCCAGCUACAAGCUCUGGUGUGGGGUGGUAGACUUGAGUCAAUCUCCAUGCCAGAGCCUGGCUCCGAGCAUGCCCUCGUCAAGUUCCUUACACCCGAAGCCUGUCAGGCCUAUCUCGAUGCUACAGAGAACGGCAUUGAGGUUCAAGGCGACACGAAGAAGACGAUCAUCUUUGUAGACAAGCAGCCAGGACCAAAUUCUAUCAACGACGUAAUCCAGAACUGCAUCAACGGAGACGCAUCUCGCUGCGUUCGAGCCACUGGCGCAGACGACGACUGGUCAGAUGGUGCCCUGUUCAAGCUCGCGCGCGGCAAGCAACAGAUUCCGAGAGAUGUCGACCGCAUCAAGCAAGGUAAGACCGCACGUAAUCACCACUACAUCGAGUUCCGCUUCGGUAACAUCUACCAUGCUCUCAAUUUUAGACGCUACCUCAUGGACGACAAAGAGUGGGAGCACUGUUCCAUCGGUUAUGCUCCAGACCCAUGCGAGCUUGCGCGUGGCGUGCACUACAAGGAUGCAGAUGAGGGGGGCGGUGGUUUUUUCGCUUGAAGCACCCA